AUGUCUUCAGUCAUAUUCACGCGGGACCAAGUCCAGGAUAUACUCGAUGCAGCGCAGUUAAAUGCUGGUUAUCUCUUCGCAAAUAAAGAAAACUUGCGCGAACAGCUUCAAACGCUUCUCCGGGAAAACUUGAUGGAGUGUAACUCUCGAGAAGUUGAUCCAAUGAAGUUGCUGUAUCAAACAAUACGUGUUGAGCGCAUCAUCAUUGAUGCCUACAAUAACCACCGCUUUGGGAAUGCUGUAGAUUAUAACGAAAACGACAACAUUCCCGAAGAGCUCGAGUGGUCACCGCUACAUGCUGAGGUCGCAGCGCACGAGGUGUAUACCACAGCUCAGCCCAUUUGUCAGCCUGAAAGUGACGAAGAACGCAGCCCAACCUAUUCAGCUGAUCCGGCUGCAUUAGUAGAGGAAGGCGCCACUCCGGAUAUGAACGAUAGUCUAAUGGUCGCCGCUCAUCAGGAAACUACUUCCCGUAAGACUAUCAAGAGGAAAUCUACAGGCCCAGGUACCUUGAACUAUGACAAGCUAAAGGAUGCGCCUUCGGCUUGGCUAGAUCUUCCCCGUGGCAACCUAACUUUGCCAGAAACUCUUGCUUUCAUCCCGCAUGCAAUCAAGUCCUUCGACAUCAUGGACCGUUUUCUCCACAAUGGCGCCCUAUCUGGGACCUUCGCAGACAUGAUUAAUCAUUACCGAGACAUGCCGUACGGUCCGAUCACAAACAAUACGAUCUACCGGAUGAUGAAGGGACCAAUGGCUCAUCGCGCGAAGACUGAUCCGACUUACGAGAAAUGGACAGUCGCCAAACAUACAGCUCUACAGACACCCGCUGGAUUUGAUCCCGCCAGUGUCAGCGUAGCCGGCUUUAGCACACCUUAUAAUUUCAACUCUCGGGAAAGGGCUGUAGCAGCGACUCAACCCCCUCCUAGCAUCCCGUUUCGCGAUAUGAUAAACGGUGUCAAGAUCAUGCCCUCAGGAUAUGAUGCACUAGAUCUUACACGCUGUGUGCAGUAUUGUGUAGAGAAUAACGAUUCGAGCUGGCUAUAUCCCCAAGACUUCGAGAACCUGGUAGCUCAACUUGGAGGUGCUGCUACUGUGCACCGAUAUCAUCUUGACGAUGCCGCACUUCGGAGACACACUUCCGAAAAGAAGCUGAAUAAUGCGAAGCGGGCCGGUGCACGACAGCGCGAUAAGAACGGGCGCCUUAUGAAACAGCCAAAGAACUUCGUGGUUGACUCGGAUGAAGAAGAGCUAUUAGACGAUGAGUUUGAAGAGGAGUUUGAAGCGGACCAAGAUAACCUCGAUUUUGAUGCUUUGGACAUUGAAGAUGAUGAGCCAGUUACUGCCAGUAAUAAGGGUUCGAGGCGUAAGAACGUCUUGGAAGAUGACACGUUGGACGAAGAUGAAAUCACGCCGCGUACCCGUAACUCAUCGAAACGCAAGCGUAUUUCCAUUGAAGACGACAAAGACACCUCAACCAAGCAAAAGUCCAAGCGCAGCAAAAACACUUCGCCAAGGACACCUGGACGUCGCUCACCGAGGACCCGGUCGUCAUCGCGCCUUAGCAAAGAGGUGCUGCCUGAAGCGGUCGACUCUGAUUCUGACGAAGACGCUUAUGCCGGACCCAAGAAGCGGACCAAGAAGGCCAAGGUUAGCGCACGAUCAUCUCCUCGCGGCCAGCGCUUCGGUGGCCCCUAUAACUUCGAGAACGCUGUAAAUAGCGAGGAAGAAGAUGAUGAGGAAGGGGAUGCGGGUGAAGUGGAACACACUCCUACUAAGAAAAGACGAAUCCUUACUCCGUCGGAGAUGCGUAUGGUGGGCCGCACGGGAAAUGUGGGUGUGAAUAACGUUGUCGAUGAUGACGAAAGCGAUAUGGGAGAAGAUGCCUCUUAA